AAACUGAGGUACUAACGAUUUAUUUAUUUUCUCUUAAUUCAGUGGUAACGAAUCAUACUUUGUUAGUUGUCAAGUAAUUAUUAAAGCAUGUUCAAAAAUAUAUUUAGCUUUUGCGUAUUAGCAACAAUUCUUUCAAUUGUUCAUUGUGCAUCUCUUCAUGGACUUCCUCAUUGCCCUGAAGAAUAUGGAGAACAAGCUUAUCCUCAUCCAGAAGAUUGUGCUUCUUUUUUCCUUUGCACUAAUGGAACUCUAACUCUCGAGCAGUGUGAAAAUGGUCUUCUCUUCGAUGGGCACGGCGCAGUACACCAUCACUGUAACUAUUACUGGGCUGUCGAUUGCAAAGGACGCCAAGCUGAUCCGACCCCAAUUAGUUCUCCAGGAUGUGAAUAUCAAUUUGGGCUGUAUGCAGACAGUGAUUCUUGCAGCACUACGUACAUUAAAUGCAUCUACGGUGAACCUCAUCAUGAAUCAUGUACACCUGGGCUUGUUUGGGAUGACAAGAGCCACACUUGUAUCUGGCCAGAUCAAUUAAUUCCGUAUUGUAAUCCAGAAGCUGUAGUUGGUUUUAAAUGUCCUCAAAAAGUUCCCAAACAUACAGCUGCAGCUAAAUUUUGGCCCUUCCCAAGAUUUGCCGUUCCAGGAGACUGUGGGCGAUUAAUUACUUGUGUUGAAGGACAUCCCAGACUUAUUACCUGCGGUGAUGGACAACUUUUUGACUCUGUCACGUUAAGCUGCAUGGAUCCCAAAGAAUAUCCAUUAUGUGCUAAAGAGGCUUAAGCCAUAACCGGGAAAUUCAAAGCAAAUGUCAAUAUAUAUUUAUAUAUAUAUUAGGGUGGUCCUUAUUUUGGACAUUUUUGAACUGUUAUGCUCCCAGAGGCUUAUGUGGUUCGAAAUAAAUAAAAAAAAAUAUCCUCAAAGUUUCAGGUCUCUAUCUCAAUUUUAACCCGUGCCGCACAGCGAUGUAAGUUUCCCAUUUAAAUAACACGGGGUUUUUGGCAUUGAACGAUUAAAUUUUUAUUCCGGCUAAAGUAAUUGUUCGAAAAAUUUGAAACUCUGUAGACUUUAUCCUCAUAUUAGCAGCUACUCCUCAGAAUUUUUACAGAUUUUCAGCUACUAUAAUUUUGGGGGUACAGCAUGAUGAAAAGAAACAAAAAAAAAAUUUUUUUAUUUCUAUCUAAAAUUUUUAUUAAAAAACAUAUCAAAUCACCCUGCAUCCUUUUCAUAAGUUCUUCCUUUUUUUCAUUCUCACACCCAAGUGGGUGAACGGCAUAUCUUUGUUGCACUAAUACAGUAAUCAGGAGCAUUUUUUUUCAAUUACAACAGAAAAAAUUCCCUUAAAGUUUAAGCUCUUAAUUCUAACGGGAAGAGUUACCGCAAAAUUUUUUUUGUGAUUUUUUCAAGAAAUAUUUUUGUUUAUGUUAUUUGGCAAUGUGUCUUUUUCAAAAAUACAUAAUGCAUUCAAUUGAUAUCUGAGAUCGGUAUAUCAAUGCCACUAAUCAUAUUAUGUCUCAGUUUAACAGUUGAUAAAUAUUAUCAAUAAAUUAAAUUUCUUUCAAUAUUUGCUUAAAUAAGUUGGUCACCUUCAAGUUUAUUAUUUGUUUUAAGCAAUAAAUAAUAAACAAAAGGUGGAUAGUUUUGUGCAUUAUAAUAUCAAAAUAAUUAUUUGUUUACAAUUUCCUAACUAUAAUGAAUUAUUAAUAAAAUAGAUUUCUUUUAUAAAUAAAUAUAAUAAACUUAAAAAAUCACAAAAACAAAAUUUGCGACACGUGGUUCUGUUGGAAUUAAGAGCUCAAACUUUAAGGGAAUUUUUUUCUGCCGUCAUUGAAACCGUUUGUGAGGUAAUCGUAAUAAAUUUAAAAAAUCCUCUUAACGAACACUUUACUGCACACUAAUGCAAAGUUCCUGAUUACUGUAUUAGUGCAACAAAGAUAUACCGUUCACCCACUUAGGUGUGAGAAUGAAAAAAAGUAAGAACUUCUGAUAAGGAUGCAGACUGAUUUGAUAUGUUAUUUGAAAAAAAUUUUAGCUAAAAAUAAAAAAAAUAAUUUUUUUCUUUUUUUUCAUCAUGCUGUACCCCCAAAAUUAUAGUAGCUGAAAAUCUGUAAAAAUUCUGAG